AUGGCACUGGUGGCAAGUCCAUCUAUGGGGAGAAAUUUGAUGAUAAGAAUUUUGUCCCGGACAUAUGAGUCCUGGCAUCUUGUCCAUGGCGAGAUAAACGACUCCCAGGUUUUCAUUCGCACUGCCAGGACUGAAUGGUCGGAUGACAAGCAUGUGGUCUUUGACAAGGUGAAAGACAGCAUGAAUGUUGUGAAAGCCAUGGAGUGCUUCAGCCCAGGAAUGCGAGGACUCCAGUACCCUGCUAAAAGGUGUACUGUUAAUCUUUCUCCCAGUCUUCCCCAAAGGGACCUACAUUUUAUCAGGGCUACUAUGCAUUUAGGAAAAGGAAGUGAUCAGAACUUUUAGGAUUUAGACACUGGCUCUAAACUGACACUAAUUCCAAGAGAUCCAAAAUGUUGCUGUGGUCCACCAGUCAGAAUAUGAGCUUAUGAAAGUCAGGUGAUUGAUGGAGUGUUUGGUCAGGUCUGUCUCACAGCAGGCCCAGUGAGUCCUGAACCAUCCUUGGUUAUUUCCUGAGUUCUGGAAUGCGUAACUGGAAUAGAUAUACUUAGAUGCUAGCAGAAUUCUCACAUUGGUUCCCUGAUCUGAACUUUGAUAGUGAGAAAUGCCAAGUGGAAGCCACUAAGACUGCCUCUACCUAAGAAAAUAGUAAGCUGAAAGCAGUGCCACAUUAUUAGAGAGACUGUAGAAAUUAGUGCCGCCAUCAAGGACUUGAAAUAUAAGAGGGCAGUAAUUUCCACCACAAUCCCAUCUCCUUCACCUACGACACAGAAGAUAAAUAGGUCUUGGGCAGUACCAGGUGAUCAUCCUAAGCUCAGCCAGGUGAUGACUCUGGUUGCAGCUGCUGUAAGAGAUGUGGUUUCACUGCUUGUGCUAAUUAACACAUCCCCUGGUCUAGUGGCUUCUCUGGCAACUCAGAUGGCAACUAUUGAUCUAGCAAAUGCUUUUUCCUCCAUUCCUAUCCAUAAGGCCCACCAAAAGCAAUUUGCCUUCAUCUGGCAAGAUCAAUAUACCUUCACUGUCCCUCUUCAGAGACCUAUCAACUCUCCUGCCCUAAGCCAUAAUCUAGUUCACAGGGCCCCCUCUUCCUCAAGAUACACAUUGGCUCAUGGUAAUGAUGAAAUUAAGCUGAUGGGACCUAGUGAGCAAGAAGUAGCAACUACUUUAGAUUUGUGAGUAAGACAUUUAUGUGUCAGAGGGUAAGAAACAAAUUAGACAAAAGUUCAAGGGCCUUCCACAGCAGUGAAAUUCUUAAGGGUCUAGUGGUAAGCUGGUCGAGAUACCUAUUCUAAGGCAAAGGAUAAGUGGUUGCAUCUGAUCCCUCCUACAACCAAAAAACAGGCACAAUGUCUCAGGGGCUCUUUGGAUUUUUGGAGGCAACAAUAUUCCCCUCAUCUAAGUGUAUUAUUCCAGCCCACUUAUCAAAUGACCCCAAAACAUCUUAGUUUUGAAUGGGGCCCAGAACAAGAGAUGCCCCUGCAAAAGACCCAGGCCACUGUGCCAGCUGCCUUGCCACUAAGACCACAUGAACUGGCAGAUCCAAUGGUGUCCUAUUGACAUUUCAGGUAGGAGGCUCUUUGGGGCCCUACAGGUGAAUGUUGGUGCAGUUCCUUAGGAUUUUUGAGCAAAUCCCUGCCAUCCUCUGCAGAUAACUACUCUCCCUUUGAUGAACAGAUCUCAGCCAGCUAUUGGGCCUUCAGAGAGACUCAGUUCUUGACCCCGGGCCAAGCUACCAGGCAACCUGAGCUGCCCAUUGUGAACUAAGGGUUAUCUGACCCAUUAAGCCAUCAAGCUGGGCAUGCACAGCAGCACUCCAACACCAAAUGGAAGUGAUGUAUAUGUGAUAGGUUAUAGUACCAGCUAGGUGGCAGUAACUUAGGUGAGGUUCUCCAGAAGACUGUGUGGGCUCAGAAUCAGCAUCCAAUAUAUAUCUGUCCCAUAGCCAGGAUGCAAGGGUCCAGGAAUCAAGGGGUGGAAACAGGAGUCGCAUCACUCAUUCUUACCACUAAUGACCCACUGGCCAAAUGUUUGCUUCCUGUUCCCAUGGCCUUAGGCUCAGAUGGCCUGUAGAUAUUCAUUCUAAAGGGAAGAAUGCUUCCACCAGGGGAUACAAUGAUGAUUUUAUUGAACUGGAAGUUAAUACUGCCGCCCCAUCACUUUGGGCUUUUUGUGCCUCUGAACCAGGCAAAGAAGGGAGUCAGUGAGCUGGUUGGUGUGACUGAUCCUGGCCACCAAGAAGAAAGGGGAUUACUACUCUACAAUGGAGGUGAGGAAGAGUAUGUUUGGAAUAGAGAAGAUCCCCUGGGAAUUCUCUUUGUGAUUAAGGUCAAUGAAAAACUACAACAGCCAAAUCGAGGCAAGACUACCACUGGCCCAGAACCAUCCAGAAUGAAGGUUUGGGUCACUUCACCUUGCAAAGAACUACGACCAACUGAGGUGCUUGCUGAAGGUAAAAAGAAUACAGAAGGAAUAGUAGAAGAAGGUAAAUACCAGGAUGACCAAAAAACUGGCUCCGACCAAGCUCGAUCUGGGCACGGGCGUCAGGAGCUGGCGGGGAACCGGUUGGACCCCGCGAGGUCGCUGGGGGAGCAGCGGCCGCCCCGGGGGACCCCCUUAGGAGACGAGCAUCCUUUGGCGGCCGCGGCGGGGCCAGCGCAUUCCCAGGCGGCCGGGGGCGAUGGGGUGACGACUCCGCUUCGUGGUGGCGGCUUUUCACACCAGCUCCCGGCUCCCCGCGGCUCCCGGGAAUGCCUCCGCCGUCCCCCGCCCGGCUCAGCCCGCCGCCGAGCAGACCGCGCGCCGCGAGCGAGGCUGCUCUUUCACAGCCCCGAGCCCUGCGCUGCCCGCGGCGACUGGCGGCCUCCGGUGCCUCCCGGGGGCUCCCGCUUGGCCUCUGUCCUCUAUCGCCCCCCGCCCCCAAGAUACCCCUGCAGCCUCUUAUCCUGGUGCAACUCCUCUGAAACGUACAGGCCAAGAGGAAACCCUGGGGAGAACCUGACCCAGUCGUCUAGGCCAGCCCUCCAGAGAUAA